AUGAAACGUAUAUUAACCACUAUUGCCCUUGCAGCUUCUCUUGCUGCUUCCGUUGCCGUUGCUGAUACAAAAACUCAGGAUACAUCAGCGGCUCAUCACCCUGUUGUUACAUCAGAAAAAAUGAAGAUGGAACAACGGGGCAUAAAUAUUAUGAGAGAUAUUCAGUAUGCUCGCCUGACUCUUUUUAGCGGUGAUACGGAGGGUGCUGUAAAACUGAUAAAUGACGCAAACAAAUUGUUAACAUCAGAAGACACAACAUGGGCGCAGCUGGUCAGAAAAGACAAAAAAACCCCUCAGGAAGGCGAUGUUUAUGUCAUUAUUAACAGUCAACUGACGCUGGCAGAAGAUUUUACAGCCACACCAGAAAAGCAGAAAGCCAUCGAUGAAGCAAAUAAAAAACUGGAUAAAGGUGACAAAAAAGGUGCAAUUGAAAAACUGCAGCUGGCAGGAAUUAAUAUAUCUGAAACACAGUGGCUUAUGCCUUUAAAACAGACUCAGCAGAAAGUGAAGAGUGCACAGAGCUUAAUGGCUGAAGGUAAAUAUUACGAAGCCAAUCUCGCUCUGAAAGGCGCUGAAGAUGGCACGAUUAUGGAUACGGUCAGCCUUCACUGA